CACCGCUACCGAGCCAGAUCGCAUCCAGCACUCGUCCGGUACGGUCGUAUUGUGACAACACGUAAAACACCUGUGGCAUCCGAACCAAAUGAUAACGACUGUGUAAAUUCGCGAGUUCGAUUCCUUGGAUUAUUUAUUAUCGUGUUGGAUUACAGUGAUUGUGUUGUUUGUGUGUGUUUUUAUGAAUGGAAACCCAUGGACCGGUUCCACCGGAUACAAGUCUUGACGGAUGAGAUGGCUGAUUUCCGUUCAUACUGAUGGCCCGGACUUUGAAAUCAACGUGUUGGUGAUUUUAUUGAAGUACACUUGAUAGCAAAAAAACUGGGACGAGUGACUUCAGUGAUGUGCGGAUAGUGUUUAGUGACAAUGUGGAGGUGAUUAUUGACAGUCGUUGACGUUAUGUGCAGUGAGUGUUCAAGUCAUCAUGUGUGCCAAAGUGUCAAAAUUGUUCGUCACUAUAUGUGUCCUAGCGAGCGCGUGCGCCUUUCAGCAACAGUACUUCCGGGUUGUGCCGCGAAGCCUUCGGGUUCAGGAAGGCGCGGAAGCUGUUUUAGAGUGUGCUGUCGCUAACUUAGCCGGUCAGGUGCAAUGGGCCAAGGAUGGAUUUGCACUCGGUUUUUCAUCAGUGAUUCCCGGCUACCCUCGGUACACUAUGUUCGGUGACAGAAGGCAUGGCGUGUACAACCUGCGUAUCGUCAACGCGACUUUAGAAGACGACGCGGAAUAUCAGUGUCAAGUGGGCCCGGCGCAAAUGCAUAAAGUGAUCCGAGCUAAUGCUACGCUUAAUGUCAUAUCACCUCCCAAUCUGGUGGAGAUUAUCAACCAAGCUCCGAACUCUAAGCUGGAGUUGAAGGAAGGCGAGGAUGUUACCCUGGAAUGUCAAGCGAGGAACGCUAAGCCAGCAGCACGCAUUGUCUGGUAUAGAGGCAAUGUGGAGAUAAGAGGAGAAAGAGUUUCGAGUGAGGAAGUAAAAGAAGUAGAAAGUCCAAAUGGAAAUCCUAAAUUGACAAGAUUUACAACAAUAUCAAGGGUCCAUUUCAAGGCGACGGCGGACGACGAUUACGCAGAUUUCACUUGCGAAGCAAGACACGAGGCAUUGCAGAGAGAUGUCCCUAUGCGAAGUACUGUGCAACUAAGUGUACUAUAUCCACCCGGAGCUCCGUACAUCGAGGGUUACGCGGAAGGAGAGACGGUACGCCGCGGUCAGAGCUUGGAGCUGGUCUGCCGCAGCCGAGGAGGAAACCCACCAGCGCAACUCAUCUGGUACAAGAACGGAGAGCAGAUACGAAUGGCUUAUAGAACUAGUGGCAGGAUGUCGGAAAAUGUGUUGUCUUUCAAAGCGGAUGCUUCGGACAACAAGGCACGAUACACUUGUGAAGCGAAAAACGUCAUGAUAAGUAACACAUUGAAGGCUGAAAUAGAUCUCACUGUACUAUUCGCGCCAGCGCACGUAACGAUAUCAGGUCCAUCGGAAGCUCGUGUGGGAGAUCCAGUCCCGCUAAGUUGCAGCACAGCACCAUCCAACCCAGCGGCGGAUGUCAAGUGGGUGGUGUUGGGGAAGCAUCACAAAGAAGCCAGUAACAGAACUGUGAUUUCACCUGAAGGUGGUUGGAUAACAACAUCCAACAUCACAGUGGUGGUUGAACCUAACCGCAGAUCCGUGGUGGUCGUGUGUCACGGUAUCAACGCACAACUCACAGAGAAUGUAGUCUCCACUCACACCAUCAACGUCCUAUGUAACGCGACAGAAAUACCACUGUUUGAGACUGUCACCUUAAAUGUACAUUUCGCACCAGAAGCUGUUAAAGUACGCGCGGAGCCAUCAGAGCUGAGGCCGGGAACGGAAGCCACGUUGUACUGUGAUGCCGCCUCCAGCAACCCUCCCGCGGCACUCUCCUGGUGGAGAGAUGGGAUACCAGUGCAAGGUCUUCCAAUGCAGCUAAAGAAAGGUCUCCAUGGCGGCACAGUCUCCACUAUAGAGUUGAAAUUGAACGUCAGCAAGGAACUGAACGGCGCAGUGUACACCUGCCAGGCUACCAAUGAGGCGUUACAGCGAAGUGUGCACGAUGCCUUACCGCUUAAAGUGCUUUAUGCGCCGAUCUUCGACGAGACUACACAAGAGACGGCAGUAGGUGUGGAGAAUGAACCGCUGGUGAUAGUGGUGCGGGCCGACGGUAACCCGCCCAGCAUCGCCUACACGUGGACUAAAGACGGCCUGCCCAUCACACAGUCUUCGUAUAGCAGUUCAAACGAUAGAAUAAUAUCAGAAGGCAGUAUGUUGAACAUGACGCGUCUGACGCGACAUGACGCCGGCGUGUACACGUGCGAGGCGGUCAACUCGCAGGGCGCGGCCACACUCAACAUCACCGUCUCCGUCCAUUAUGCGGCAGGAAUUAAAACUGUAACACAAAACGGUAUUGCUAAUCCAAACGAAGACGCUGUAUUAGCUUGUACUGCUACUGGUAAUCCUUUGACAUCGGAACAUAUUAAAUGGCAAAGAAAAGGUUAUAAUAUCGAUUCUAGAACAAUCACAUUCGAAUCGAGAAAUCAAACGAGUUAUCUAACAAUCGAUAGAGCGACGAGAGAAGAUGUUGGGAAUUACCAAUGCGUUGUGGACAACGGCAUCGGCGGAGAAACCAAACAAGAUGUUAUGCUGGUUGUUAAAUUCAAACCGGAAAUGGAUACUUCGCCCAAUUUGGCGAAAUCAGCGACAAAUGUUGGUCAAGUUGGAAGACUUACUUGCAGAUGCAAAACAGCACCAGCGCCUAACUUCACAUGGUCAAAGAACGGAGCCAAACUGCCCGUUAAUACUUCUACUAAAUACUUCGCGGAGUUUCAUAAAUCUGAUGCAAUCACUUACACAUCAGUGUUAUUAAUUAAUGAUGUGACAUCUUCUGACUACGGUUCGUACGAGUGCGGAGCGCGGAACGACCUCGGCUUCAGCACUACGUCUGUAAAAUUGGAUAUCACAAGUGCACCAGAUUUGGUAUCGUCUCUAACAGUAACUAAUGUGACACACAACUCAGUCACUCUCUCCUGGGUGCCGGGCUUCGACGGCGGCCUGCCUUCCUGGUUCAGGAUACGAUUCCGUAAAAUCUACGAUGACGCAUACAAAUAUGAGGACGUUGUCCCGCGGAAUGCGACGUCCUUCACCGUAUCGGGGCUGGAGCGCGGCAAAGACUACGUCUUCUCCGUGAUGGCCAUCAACAAGAUAGGACAGAGCAAAUACAGACCUGAUGAUACCAAAGCUACCACACUAACUUCGUCAGAAGUAGGAGAAUUGAACGUAGUGUCAACAGAAUACGUAGAGUCAUCUGACGUGACGAAAUCCGUCACAUUGUACGUUUGCGUCACCGGCGCCAUUUUGAUUUUGAUUAACGCCGCUUUAGUAGCAUGUUUUGUUUUUAAACGACGAGCUAGACGGAUGAAAGAACAAGCGGGACAAUCAUCAAAAUCAGCAACAAUAGAAAUGUAUGCACCCUCAUCUUAUAACGACACUAUGACUGGAGAGACAUUGAGUUCUGUGUCGGAGAAAUCAGAGACAUACUCACAAGAUGACGGGGAACAACCGCCGCCGAUACCUGAAGUACCGACAAUGCCGAACCGACAUAUGUUGAAUCAGACGGAGUCAUACCUAGUGGAGGACACAACCCUUUUGCCGCCGACGCCGACGCCGCCGCAGCAGUACGGCGCCGCGCCGCUCAAGGCGCACAACGGCCUGCACGCCUCGCCCGCGCACCUCGCCAGCGCCGCCGCGCACGCAUACGCACAGGACGGUAAGACAGUCCAGUACAACACCACUCUACUACCUAACAAGAUCUGCCAGAAUACUAAAAGUUACAGUUAG